AACUUAACAGUGGCGAUCGAUCAGAUGGGUCGAGGGCUGGAGCUAGGCGACGGUGAGGGAGGACGACGGAGUCUGUCUGAUCUGAUUAGAUCAGCCCAGCACUAGCGUUCAAGAAAAAGAUGAGCCCAGCACAGCCGUGUUAACCUGACAUUGGCUGCCGCUCUCGCGUCUCUUCGCGGAUUAAAUGCAGAGGUGAGGAGUUGGUUGAAGCUCAUAAAGACCACCCCCGCGGCCGCUACCUCCUGCUCCUGCCUCCUAGUCGUCGACUCUACUGAAUACUGUGGUAUCCCUCCCGUGUGCUGCUGUUGGUGUUUCUCGCUCGCUCCUCACCUGCUGCAUCGUCACCAAUUAAUUCCCUCGCUCAUCGUCUCCGCGACCUCGCCUGCCCAACCGCACCUGCGGAGGCGUGUGUGGUCACAGGAAUUUAAUCGAGGAGGAGGGGGAGGAACAACAAGAAGAAGCAAAUUAAGCGGCAGGUGGUGGUGGUUGUUGCUGCCGGCGGCUAGGCAAGGCAUGGAUCCGUCGGGUGCGUUCCUGCAGCAGGCGCCCAGCUCCUUCCCGCGGAGCUCCAGCAACGUGUCGCUGUCGUCCCUGGCGAGGAGCGGGAGCGGGGGCGGCCGCGGGAGGGGCGGCACCAGGGGGAGGAAGAUGAUGCGCAGGGUCUGCCGCGGCGUCAUCACCUUCAUCUUCGCCAUCGCUGGCCUGUUCCUCGGCGCGGUGACCGGCGGGCUGAUCGGGCUGGCCACGGAGAGCGGGCUCUUCCGCGGCACCGGGAUCGGCGCCAUCACCGGCGCGCUGGUGUCCAUCGAGGUGGUCGACUCGUCCAUCCGGCUGUGGCAGUCCCGGCGGUCCGGGAUCUGGAGCAUCUUGUAUGUGCUGAACGUGAUCUACAGCCUCCUGACCGGCAGGCUCGUCCGCGAGAAGGUCGACCCGGCGGUGCAGCGGGUGGUCCGGAGCCAGAUGAACGCGGUGGACUCGUCGCCGUUCAGGGAGUCGCCGGACCUGUUCGAGGUCGAGGCCACCAACGGCAUGCCGCGGGCGUCCAUCGACAAGCUCCCCAAGAUCAGAAUCACCGAGGAGUACAAGCGCGACGCCGUGGGCGACCUCUCAGGAUGUUCAGUCUGCCUCCAGGAUUUCCAGGUCGGGGAGAAGGUGAGGAGCUUGCCUGACUGCUGGCACGUAUUCCACGUGCCGUGCAUCGACGGCUGGCUUAUCAAGCACGGGUCCUGCCCGCUCUGCAGGAGGAAGCUCUAGACAACCAUGCAUGGAUCCACUCUGCUUGCUUGCUGCGAGUUGAUGUACCCUGCACUGCUGCUGUUGCUACUUGCUGCUAGGAGGAAGAGGAGACUGACGUCUAUAGAACCCUUAAUUUAUAGAGAGCGUUUUGUUUUGCUUUUACCUCGUACGUGCACUUGCUUUUGCAUCUUUUUCAUCUAUGUCCUCCUCUCUCUCUCUUUCUCCUGAUGUAAUAUACCACUGCUGCUGCUACUUGUGCUGGAAACCCUCUGGACUGAUCUGCCGGCUUGUGCUUUGAUCGAAUCUCCGGACUGAUCUGGUGUAAUAUAUAGCAUGUAUAUCGGACUAGGA